UUAAAUUUAAGUUUUUAAAACAAACAAGUAAAUUUAUUCUACCAAUAUGAGUAACAUUAUGUGUAUUGUUUUUGUAAUAUGUUCAGCAAUGAUCGGGGAUAUUUUUGGGUAUCACGGACAUUAUGGCUGCGACUCGGACUACCAGUCAGACUAUGAUUACAGACCUCCUUCAAGGACUCCACCAUCAACUUGGCCAGUAGCCAUAGUUCCCCCGGUAACCCAAAACAGGGAAGUCUUUACAAAUGCUAAUGCCUUAAAAAUGCCAAAUAGUGUUCCCGGUGCCCGGAUUCCGAUCACUGCCUAUAAGAAGACAAAUAUGACGGUCUAUAAGCGCAUUGUCUGUACGGGAGGUCCCGUACAACAGAUCCAAUUGAACGCCACGUUUGAUACGGACUCCACGUGUAAUGGUUACGAUGCCUGGGUAUCACCAUUUACCUACUCGGCUACUGUUAAUGGUCGGGAACAGGACCUGACUAUUGGCAACUUCUCGCAAUACUAUACCUAUUUGAAUGGCAAUAUGUACGAGGUGAAUUUUGGCGAGAUAACUGCCGGUCCCUGUAAAGGGGAUACCUUUUUCUCGGCCAAUGCCUACGUGGCGGACGACCAGUUAGGUUGCAGUGGAAAUGGGUUGGGGUCGGCGUCAAUAGACUACAUCAAUGCCCAGAUAUCGGGAAAGACAUGCAAUCAAGUUUGCACCCUGGACAAUAGAUUUCACUCGUACUUUAGAUUUAACCCGGCUCUCACUAAUUAA